AUGGUAGUGAAAGUAAAACCAGACAGGGCUGAGAAGAAGUGGAGGGGUUUACAAGAAAAGGAGGCAGAACCAAAAGUGAAAUUGGAUUGGAGGUUUCGGGAAGUGGAUGAUUUCCACGACAGAUCUGGAGGGUCCUACCGAGAUUUGAAAGGAUUCAACAAGGGAAGCAGUUCCGUCCCGGGUGAAGCAGACUUCUCCAGUGCAGCUCUCCGGGCCCAAAAAAGGGCGGUCCCACCAGAAGGAGCAAGAGGUCCGGAGGAGUCGGAAGACGAUGACGGGGACCAGGGCCCGCCAGGACCCCCACCAGACUCCCCCGGGGAGGAUGAUGGUGGUGGGGAACAAAGGGGAGGACCAAGUGCGCGUAGGAGUACGAGGCGGAGGAUACUGCCGGCUCCUGCUGAUGACCCUGGGCGCAAUGUACCUAGGGUGCCUGCUGUUUUCCCUCCCCUAUCUGUGCCUACAGGUGCUGGCAAUGCUGGAGCCGAGCCAGGCUCGAGGAGGGGAAGGCGACAUCCACCUGAGGUGGGAGCCACUCCCAAAUCCCAAGUAUCCAGACCUGCCACCGCCUCAACCAGCGGUGACCCACCAGCUGACCCCACAGCCCACCCUCAUGCCGCGACCACACCCGACCUCACGGGGAGCAACGCCGAAGAAACGCCAGGGCCGGAAGAAGAAGCGCCGCCACCGCCACCACCGCACCAGCAAGGGAACGACACCAUCGACUUUGGGGACUUCUACGCCGACUGGGAUUACCCAUACCCAGCCGACGCCCCCGCUGACGACCAGACUGGAGCACAGCCAUCCGCCGCAGAGAUUGCCGAGGCCCUCGACGCGCUCAGGCUACCCGCUGUCCUUACGCCUCCCCCCCGGACACCUCCUCGACAGGGCUCGCAACUUCCUGCGGAGCCUGUGGAGGGGCCGACGGACUCAGGGCACACCACGGGCGGCCCCCACUUCAGGGACAGCCACCCAGGGACCAGCCAAGAGACAAGACAAGUACUCCAAGGGAUCGGCCUGGACGGCUCCCUCGAUGCCCACUGGACUGGGGGCUUCGAAGAGGCCCUUGAUUGGCCUCUCCGGAGACUCCCAGAGGACGACGAAAGCAACGAAGGGGGUACGGACUGCCACCCCCAAUGA